UGCAGCCAAUUGUAUAAACAUUUUAACCGCAAGGUAACCACGUUAUCGCGGUAACCAGACCGCUUACCAUGGUUAAACCAUUUGUAUAAACAAUUUACAAAAAAAUUACCACGCACUUACCGCGGUAACUUUUUUACCCACCUAUGCUAGCUGGGUAACUGCAUUUUAACCACAACAAACAUGGCGGACGUUCAUAUGGUCAGACAUCGUAGACCUCGACUUUUUCGACGAGUCGACAGACAGGAGACGGACUUAAUGGACGACGAAGUGCGCCGAAGGUAUAGGUUUUCGACGGACAACAUUGACCGACUUGUGGGACUGUUGGAGCCAACAUUACGAAGACGGACGCGACGAAACCAGGCACUGACCAUUCGACAACGGAUCAUGUUGACUUUGAGGUUUCUCGCUUCCGGGGCUUUUCUCCAGAUAAUAGGAGACACCUUCGGCGUGGACAUUGCAACUGUGUCCCGAGUUGUGACCGAUGUGACGAACAGCUUGUUUGCACUUAAGGAUAUGGUGAUAAGGUUUCCCGUGACUGACGCUGACAGACGACGAGUGAUGACGGGUUUCUUUGAAAUGAGAGGGUUUCCGGGCGUUAUAGGCUGUGUCGACGGCACACACGUCCGUAUCAUUUCUCCCGGUGGUCCAGAUGAGCCUUCCUUUGUGAAUCGAAAAGGGUUUCAUUCCCUCAACGUCCAGGCAACUUGUGACCACAAAGGGAUGUUUACAAGUGUGAAUGCAUGUUGGCCUGGAUGCUGCCAUGACUCCCACAUCUUCCGAAUGUCCAAGCUUGGACAGCAUAUGGCCAAUCACCAUCAAGAUCCUGAACGUGGAUAUCUUUUAGGAGAUAGUGGGUACCCUUGCAGGCCUUUCCUGCUGACACCGUUCCUUCAGCCAGAGUCAGAAGCUCAGGAAAGGUACAAUGCUGCGCACAUCGGCACCAGGAACAGUAUUGAAAGGGCCUUUGGGGUUUGGAAGAGAACCUUUCAUGUCCUCCAUAGUGAGGAAGGCUCAUCUGGACCACCGGGAAAAUUGAUACGGACGUGUGUGCCGUCGACACAGCCUAUAACGCCCGGAAACCCUCUCAUUUCAAAGAAACCCGUCAUCACUCGUCGUCUGUCAGCGUCAGUCACGGGAAACCUUAUCACCAUAUCCUUAAGUGCAAACAAGCUGUUCGUCACAUCGGUCACAACUCGGGACACAGUUGCAAUGUCCACGCCGAAGGUGUCUCCUAUUAUCUGGAGAAAAGCCCCGGAAGCGAGAAACCUCAAAGUCAACAUGAUCCGUUGUCGAAUGGUCUGA